GACCUUACUUGUGAGAAGUGCCAUAGGCUGGAAAAGCAAAAAUGAGGGUAGCAGGAGCUGCAAAGUUGGUGGUGGCUGUCGCAGUAUUUUUAUUGACAUUUUAUGUUAUUUCUCAAGUAUUUGAAAUUAAAAUGGAUGCAAGCUUAGGAAAUCUAUUUGCUCGGUCUGCACUGGACUCAACUGCUCGCUCUACGAAGCCUCCCAGGUACAAAUGUGGAAUCUCUAAAGCAUGCCCUGAGAAGCAUUUUGCUUUUAAAAUGGCCAGUGGAGCAGCCAAUGUUGUGGGGCCCAAGAUCUGCCUAGAAGACAAUGUUUUGAUGAGUGGUGUUAAGAACAAUGUUGGAAGAGGAAUCAAUGUUGCCUUGGUAAAUGGAAAAACAGGGGAGGUACUAGACACCAAAUAUUUUGACAUGUGGGGAGGAGAUGUGGCACCAUUCAUUGAGUUUCUGAAGACUAUACAAGAUGGAACAGUAGUGCUAAUGGCAACAUACGAUGAUGGAGCAACCAAGCUCAAUGACGAGGCACGGCGGCUCAUUGCUGAGCUGGGGAGCACGUCCAUCACCACACUUGGCUUUCGAGAUAACUGGGUCUUCUGUGGUGGGAAGGGCAUUAAGACAAAAAGCCCCUUUGAACAGCACAUAAAGAACAAUAAGGACACAAACAAGUAUGAAGGAUGGCCUGAGGUGGUGGAGAUGGAAGGGUGCAUCCCGCAGAAGCAGGACUGAAGGGAACGUGAAGACCAGAGAGAGGACGCACGCACUUUGAUUCUGAAGGAGAGCUGUAAAGCAGCCGCUCCGUGUACAUAUUUUAGUAGCAUGCGGCUGGCCAGGGUGUGCAUGAGCAAGAGCGUCUCUGUUGAUCCCGGGAUUAUUUAUUGCUAACAUAAAUGGCUACCUUUGUAAAUAGCCCUCGUACUGAACAAAUCACCGGACCAUUUUUAAGCACAUUUCCCUAAAAGUACAAUGUUUAGACUUCAGUGGCAAUAAUGUACUUUUAUUCUAAAAGCAUAUAUUCAAUGGGUAACCAGAAGGUUGUAUAGGACACUGAUUUACAUUCUGGUUGCUGUGAAACUCUAUCAUGGAAAACAUGCCUUUUAGGGAGGAAAUUUUGUUCAUACAUGUCUCUGUAUAAAUAUCUGGCAUGUGCUGACAGUAUCCUUUAAAUUAAAGAGAUUUUUGGCUAGUUGUAUGUGUAAUGUGAUCGUACAGUCUGGCUCCUGGUGUACCUCUUUUCAUAGUCUUUAUUUUUCCUUCCAAAGAAUCCAAGAAAUAAAAUAUUUCACAUAAAAAUUUUCAUCAGAUUUGUGAAAAGCACAAAAAAUACAUUUUAAAACACUGAAAAUGAACACUAGUGUAGGUAUCAUUUGGGGCUCAUCUUCUAGACUUUGUGUUAGUGGUGUGAAGUACGUUAUUCUGUUUUGUAUAAGCUGUUUAGAGUAAGCCUAGAGGGUGGGACAGAACUGGAGAACCAGGCCGAGUCUCUUCCUCAGCCUAAUCAGGUUACUCAAGGCAGCGGGUUAGUGUGGUCCUAAAGAGGGCAUUUGUCCUCUUUGUUAUCUUCACUGACCUUGUGGUCUUAGGAGUACUUUAAUCAUAGCUUUUAUUUGUAAACCAAGAAACUCUGUUAUUUACUUCUAACUUCAUAAUAGCAAAGCAGCCCAUUUAAGAAGUCCGAAUUACUUUAUUAGAGCACUAAAUACCUAUCGUAGGCAACAUAUUUGGAAUAGUUUAAAAUGCAACAUAAGCAAACACUGCCUUUUGUGGGCUGAGGCAACACUUAAAAUUUGAACCUAAAAUUUAGGUGGUUUGUAUAAAAAAAAAAUAAUCAAAGAGCAGUAUUUGCUAUUUUGUUAAGAAGCCAGAAGCAAUUCAGAUAUUUCUUGACUAUUCCUGACAUGGUGGUACUGUUUCUUUCCACAACCUGAAUGUAGUAGUUUGUAAGAUGACGCGUCUUCCUUGUUCAGACAAGUUUUGUAACCCUGUAAGAGGUCUGGUGCUUCUGUGCUAACUCAUAUCCAACAUGUAAAAUAGUUCCCUUGAUUCUGUAAGCCAUUUUACAGUUUCUGGGGAUUGGAAAAUAAAUGUUGCAGGGUUUUGUUUUUUGUUUUUUCUAA